AGCGUUCUAGCAGGCGUGCAUUCACUCUUAAAAUCGCUUCUACAGCAUCACGCUCAGCAUGGGGAACUUGGCAGCCAACGAGGGACUCUCCAUCUUUGUAAUUCUUGUUUGGCUCGGGAUUAACGCCUUCCUCUUCGUCCACUUCUACAUGGCCUUUCUAGUCGAUAAGUGGUUCUACACACGAGUGCUGCUCGGGCACGCUCUGUCAUGGGCUCGAGCUCCUGCCGCCUGCCUCAACUUCAACUGCAUGCUCAUCUUGCUGCCGGUCUGUAGGAAUCUACUUUCCUUCCUGCGAGGCUCCAUUCAGUUCUGCAGCCGCACAGCUGCUCGCCAACUGGACCGGAACAUCACGUUCCACAAGCUGGUGGCUUAUAUGAUCGCCUUUCACACAGCCGUGCACAUCAUUGCACACUUGUUCAACUUUGAGUAUUUCAUGGAUGCUCAGCUAAAACGGAACAGCAGCUUCCUGCCCUUCGUUCUGUCGGAAAUUGGCAAUGGUGACAAUGCGUCCUUCCUCAACCCCAUUAGGUCCAACGAAACUAACCCGACCAUCGUCAUGUUUACAACCAUCGCCGGGGUGACGGGUGUGGUCAUCACACUAGCCCUCAUCCUCAUCAUCACUUCUUCAAUGGAAGUCAUCCGAAGGUCAUACUUUGAGGUGUUCUGGUACACGCAUCACCUUUUUGUUCUGUUCUUCAUUGGACUGGUGUUCCACGGCUUUGGGAGGAUCGUACGAGGACAGACACCCGACAGCCUGAACACAAAUGACCCACUGGUCUGUGCCGAAAGGUUUGAGGACUGGGGCAGGAACGGGUCAGACUGUGCGGUUCCAAAGUUUGCUGGAAACCCGCCAAUGACCUGGAAGUGGAUUGUGGGGCCCAUGAUCCUCUAUGUAUGCGAGAGGCUCGUUCGGAUCUAUCGAUCCCAUCAGAAAGUGGUGAUCACCAAGGUGGUGAUGCAUCCCUCCAAAACUCUGGAGUUGCAGAUGAAGAAGAAAGGUUUUCGCAUGGAGGUUGGCCAGUACGUCUUCAUCCAAUGUCCAUCCGUCUCCAGACUGGAAUGGCACCCCUUUACCAUGACCUCCGCCCCAGAGGAGGACUACUUCAGUGUCCACAUCCGUAUUGUUGGGGACUGGACUCGGGCUUUGUAUGAAGCCUGCGGGGGAGACAAAAUUGAGCCUCAGGAGGCCUGGAAACUGCCUAAGGUGGCCAUCGAUGGGCCAUUUGGCACUGCCAGCGAGGACGUGUUUCGGUACGAAGUAGUCAUGCUAGUGGGGGCGGGAAUUGGCGUGACGCCUUUCGCAUCCAUCCUCAAGUCUGUGUGGUACAAACGCAUCCAGGAAAACCAGGACGUCUUCACCAAGAAGAUCUAUUUCUACUGGCUAUGCCCGGAGACGCAGGCUUUUGAGUGGUUUGCCGACCUGCUUCAGUCGCUGGAGGGACAGAUGGCGGAGAAGAACGUGACAGACUUCCUGAGCUACAACAUCUACCUCACCCGCUGGAAGGAGGCUGAGGCGGCCCACUUCUGGGUGCACCACGAGGCGGAGAACGACCCAAUCACAGGGCUCAAGCAGAAGACUCUCUACGGGAAGCCGAACUGGGACACAGAGUUCACCACCAUUGCAUCAAAGCACCCUGGAACCAAAGUCGGAGUCUUCCUGUGCGGGCCGCCACAACUGGGCAAGUCGCUGGAGAAACAGUGUUUGUCGCACUCAGAAGCUGACGUCAAGUUCAUUUUUAACAAAGAAAACUUUUAACAUGGUGGCCAACACAGUCAGCAAAUGGGCGUGUCUUCAGACCAGUGGUUCUUCACCUUGUUGGAGGUACCGAACCCCAACAGUUUCGUAUGCGCAUUCUCCAAACCCUUCUUUAGUGAAAAAUAACAUGAUCGUUUUCAGAACCGAGACAUUCUGUAUAGGUUUGUGGCUUUCCGUGAUACAUGUCAAUCCAUGUUGUGCAUGUCCGACCACAUGUCCAUAAAUUCCCAGCAGCAUUGAUUGACCCAGAAAUGCAGCGAUAUCCGAUAUCAGCGAUAAAUGCAGCAGUGAUAUCCAAGCAGGGCGUGUUGCCGCCGAACCACUGAGACCGACUCACCGACCCCUUAGGGUCAAGGUUAAGAACCACUGCCUUGGACUUUUACAAAGACCAAGAGUUUCAGGUGGAAGACUGACAUUUGCAUCCCACCAGAAGUUUUGCAAAAGUGCCGCUGUUGCACAAAAGCGGAGAAAUGAACUCUGUGGUACUUUCCACACUGACGUUGUUCUGCUUUAGCAGUGCAUCACUAGUCGGUUUCACAACCUUGCUUCUGUUUUUUUUGUUUUCGGUUAGUUGCUUAUCCACUCUCAUGGUGCAUUUUAUAUAUCACAAUGUCAAACGGGAAAAUAUUCACUUCUUCAUUUCAUUUUGCUAUAGAAGACCUACUGUAUAUUAUCAAUAGCGUUUUGGAAACAUUGGAGCCUUGCAAAUGUUUUCCACCGAGGGCCGUGUACAUAAAAAUGCGUGCAUUUUGUGAUGCUAAAACCAAUCCACUGUAUUAUAGGUGAACAUAUGCUAAGCUAACUGAACAUAUAAUCGCCAUCUAGGUGACAAAGCACUUUUGUGUAAUAUCUAAUAAUACAUGUUAUUAAUAAUAACUUAUUUUAAUUCUUACAAUAUACCAAGGGCCAAUACAAAAACAAACACACACAAGCACACAGCUGCAUGCCGAAAAUGGCACCUGGGCAACAAGUGGUUGUUUCACUUCUGCACUGCACUUCCAUGCACAUUUCUUGCUGCUUUCGUUUUCAUCUUUGUGAGUCACAUCGCUAUGCAGUUAUAAUUGUUCUAAAUUCCCACGUUGGUAUGCUGAAACCGGAGGGGGUCAAAGUGCCAGCCUCACUUUGUGAUGUACCAGCACCCUGCAUAUAGCGUAGCACAUAUCGACCUACGUACAUUACAUUGGUUUUCAUACAUUUAUAGCAUCUUUAUAUCACAGAAUGCAACAACUUUGCUGUCAUUUUUUCUUGAUGGAAAAAAUGCGAACACCCCUGAUCUAAGAAAAUUGUCUCGGCUCAACAAUGUAGCUAGAUAGAUCCUUUACUUGUGUAAGAGAAAGGCCCAUUUCCAGCAACUGUGCAAAAAUGUCAUAGUAAGCUUAACCACAAGAUACUGGAGAAUAAGUUAAAGAAUGAAGCUAAAUUACUACAAUUGAGAUUGAAAUUGUAAAAAUAUUUGCUACAGCCACAGCUAUCAUUGAAUGUAUGUAUACUGUAGCUCAGUGAUUACUAAAGUGGGGUAGGCGAAUAAAAAUGAAAAAACAAUUAAAAAAACAAAAUUAUGAGUGCGCCUGAACGCGUCACAGUGUGAGGAGACCGUAAGUUUGAAUGAUUACUUUGUGCACUAAGAGUGUUUCAUCUUGAAGAUUUCAUUUAUAUGUACUGUAUAUUCCAAUUAAUUAAUCCCCACAGAAUUUGAAAAUUAGGCUUUAUCUGUGGUUGUAUGUAUUUUUGUAUUUCAGAUACUAUUAAAAAGGGGGCAGUGAUUCUUUUCGAGUUGGGACACCAUGGAAAGAUUUCAGUCAGAUAAUGGACAAGCAGGAUUAAAACUAGCAAAGUGCUAUCAGUUCUGCUGCAGUUUUUUUCUAAAAUGGUGCAUUCAGGCGCAUCACAUAACUCAGGGGUGUCAAAGUCAAAUGGACGGAGGGCCAAAUAAAACACUUGGCCACAAGCCGAGGGCCGGACUGUCCAAUCUUCAUUAAAACCAAGAUUUAACUUACUGAAAACAUAACAAAUAUAUUACAAUAUGAUUGGAUAAAUAAAGCAAUAUUUUCUUCAUUUUUAAUUUCAGCAGGCACAAAAUACAAAUGUCCUUUAUAUAAAAAACUCAUAACAUAAAUGAAGUGAUAUUAUUUAAGGCACCAUCAGUAUAUUCUCUCAUUUAGCAAAAAUGGGCUGAAAUUAGGCAACUUCAAAGAAAUAAAUAAUAAACAAUUUUCUAUCAUUCACUCAACUGAAAUAAUUAAAAAGAAAUAUUGCCUCAAAAUACAAUAAAAAUCUUUUGUCUGGGCAAAGUUCGUCACAGACUUUAAGCAUACAGUUUUUGAUAAAACCCCCCUCUGGAAAUGGCCGGGCUGAUUUAGCGAUCUCCUCUGCCAAAAUAAAACUGCCCUGGACAGCAGCCUCGCUUUGUGACUGGGCUUUUCUGAACAGACUCUGUCGAGAUUUGAGGCCUCGUUUUAAUUCCUCGACCUUCUGUAGCCUUUGUUCCAUGUCCAGAAUCUUGUUUUUGUCUGUGUGUUUUGUUUCAUGAUGCCGUCUCAUAUUAUAUUCUUUCAUCACCGCCACACUUUCUCCACAUAGAAGACACACAGGUUUUCCAGCUACCUCCGUGAACAUGUACUCCAACUCCCACCUUGUUUGAAAGCCCGUUUUCACCGUCCACCUUCCGUUUUGCCAUUGUUGAUGGGUAUCUGUAAAUUAACUUUUGCUGUUAUGCUAAUGACUGAUGCUGAAUGACUGCUGAAUAAAUUAAGCCGCCUCCCGCUAUGCUCCCGCUCGCGCGUCCCUGUUGCAUUGUGGGAAAUGUAGUACAGUUUAUCUGCGGGCCGAAUCUAAUAAUAGAUUAAUAUCAUCACGCGAGCCAGGUAAAACCCUCUCGCGGGCCUGAUGUGGCCCCCGGGCCUUGACUCUGACAUAUGUGACAUAACUCCUCUGACACAAGUUGCUGCUGCUUUCAGGAAGACUUGUGCACAUGCACAUAAAGCCCAAAGUAGGUGAUAUUUACAAAACCAACCACUUGUUGCUCAAACAAGAAGACAAUGUUACAAAAUGGUCUACUUGUAAGAGACAUCAACGUUAAACCAAUCUUUGGACGGAUACGCUUUAUCAUGUUUGUUAAACUCUCCCCUUCAAUUUGCUAUUAAAUGAAUAUGACGACUUAGAACCCAUAGCCAUCCUGAGUGGAAUGAAGUGAAGCAGUAUCUACUAUUUAUCAGUGCUCAUGUCAAACUUUAUCCUAAUGUCACCAUGCAGAAUAAACAUUUUUCACUUGGAAUUACUUUUACAUGAAUGAACCCAUUAAUUAUGUAUGAUAUCUCAAGUUAAUUAACUAAUUAAUCAAAGUUUCAGGAGUAGGGGGUACAUGGUUUCAUGUCAAAUGUCUGAAGGGGGUACCACUGAUGUAGAUUAGCAUAACAACAUGACUGAAAGUUACUUGGCGCUGGUGAGAGGGUAUUUGUGUAUGUGUACUCACUGUGGACUUGAACCGCAGGGGUGUCAGCAUUGUCCAGCUUCAGGCCACUUAGUGAAAAACGAAAGGAUGCGAGGGCCACUUUGAUACUUUGUAAAGCAAUGUACGUACGUAUAUAUACUGUAUUUCAAGGAAAACAUCUCAGCUUUGGGAUAUACGUAUAUAGAUGAAAAGGCCUACUUAAUGUUAGUAUUAACUUCAAUCUACGCUCUU